CGCCAUCCGCGAUCCCGUUUCGCGCUCGCGGUCAUCUGGUGCAGGUUUUGUGUCAAGUGCUUUACCAUUCAUUAGGUGGAUGCUCCCGAGUCAAGAUGCGCGCACUGAUAGCAGCACUAGGAACGGUGAUCCUCUCCCAACUGGCAGGAGCCUACUAUGACUCGGAUCUCGAGUACAAAGCACCCUGCGACCACGCGCCUGGAUACCCAGCCCCGGCAGUCCCCGCAGCAACGAAGCCAUUGAGCGCCUACCCUGUGGUCCCAUCCCGCCCCCCGGUCUACCCCGUCCCGGCAAGACCCUACAAACACGGCUACGCUAAACCGGUAGCCCUCGCCGCGGCCGUGCCGGCCAUCAAGACCGUCCCUGCGCUCUCCUCCCACGGCGGCUACGUCUCCCCGGUGCCCGUCCUCAGCUACGCCGCCGCCAUCCCCGCCGUCGUCGGCAGGCCCAACCCCAGCCUCGUCCACCCGCAGUACACGCUCGCGGCGCGGCUCGACCCGAGCAAAGUCCACUACACCCCCGCGCCUUCGGACUACGACCUAGUCAAACCGCAGUACGCGCAUGUAUCACACGCUGCGUACGGAGUAGUUAGCCCGCAGUACCUGUCGCACGCUCCUGCUGCUCACGGAGUAGUCAGCCCGCAGUACGUGUCGCACGCUCCUGCCGCGCAUGGAGUAGUCAGCCAACAGUACGUGUCGCACGCUCCUGCCGCGCAUGGAGUAGUCAGCCCGCAGUACGUGUCGCAUGCUCCUGCUGUUCACGGAGUAGUCAGCGCGCAGUACGUGUCGCAUGCUCCUGCUGCUCACGGAGUCGUCAGCUCGCAAUACGCAAAAGUUGACUGCGCUGAGGAUAAGGUGGCGUACGCUACUCAUGCUCACGAAACCGUCGGAGCUCUGGCUUAUGCUAAGUCGGGCUACGUCUCCGGGUCCCAUCUGACGGGCUACAGCUCGGGUGGCUACGGGCCUGUCGAACCGGCGUAUCCGGCUUAUCGACAACCAGUGGCGGCUUAUCAACGUCCGGUGGCCGCUUAUCAACCAGCAGUGGCGGCUUAUGCUCCUGUGGCAGCAACCCCUGCACCUGCUUAUCACGCGCCUGCCCCUCUGAAGUAUGUAACUGCUGUGCCAGCAGCACCUCUGCCGGCUGAGCCGCUUGCGCCUGUCAAAGGAGCCCACAAAUAUGUCAAAGAUUAUGACGCGCAUCCACGCUACGCGUUCGAGUACUCGGUCUCCGAUCCCUCCACCGGCGACAACAAGCAACAACACGAGGAGCGGGACGGGGAGGUUGUGAAAGGGGAGUACAGCCUGGUGGAGCCCGACGGUUCCGUCCGAAAAGUGGACUACUACGCCGACUGGGACACAGGAUUCCACGCUACCGUCUCUAAAACCCCUUCGGCGCAUCCUUGAGCAUCGUAAUUUCAAACAAAUCCUCGCUCCUCUGACAUAAGGGCGUAUCUCUAAAGCCUGUGUCACACUAUCAAAGCUAGCCAUCAAAAUAUCAAGGUCAGGUGUUGUGAUUGGCUUAUUCGAUGACUUGGACCAAUCACAGCACUUGACCUUGACAUUUUGAUUGAGUAUUUUGAUAGUGUGACACGGGCUUAUUUCCGCAUGAGCCCCGAAAAUCAUAGAGUUAAACGGAGAACAGGACUCACGUGGAAAUCGAUAUACGCCCUUACGUCAGAGGAGCGACGAAAUUUGCGCGCACUUUCCCACAGACCGAGUCGACACAUUUCGCUAAAAAAUAGACGAUGAGCCUUUCAGAUAAGCGGCAACCAAAGUCUUGACUAAGCAAAUUUAAAACCAGUCAAUGGCGAGGACUUUAACUGUUACGAGCAACCAAUUAAAAAAAAAAAAAAAAAACCUUUAUUGAUGGGAAAAUAAGAAGCCUGAAAUUAUAAUGUACUUGCAUAAUUGCUCAAAAUAUUUUUUGAAAAUUUUUCCACAGUAAUUAUGAGAUCUUGUUGUUUGCAAACAUAUCAUCCUUUCUUUGCCGAUUUUUUUUUUCCAGUGAACCCAAUCAUUCUAAUGAAUCAUUUCGUCUUUCUUCCAUGCGAAAAUGAAUCUAUGUUAUAAGCACGUCUUCUCCUGUGGAGUAAGAAACUGUAAAUAACGUUUAAUGGAAUAGCUUUUUUUGAAAUAAAUGAUAUGCCAUUUUUUCCAAACAACACAGUUCAAUUUUAAACGAGUUCACAUCAAAAUCUGAGAAAAAUCAGAUUGUACAGAGACAAGAAAACUAAAGUUUAACAGUUUUUUUCCUCGCAUGUAUUGCAAAAAUAACUUCCUGUAUCACAGCAUGCAAUCAUCAUUAAAGACGGUUUGAAAGACGUUAUGAAUCUUUGUAGAUAAGUGUACUUGGAUACCUAUUUAAAUGUGUGUCAUUCUUUUUACAUAAUUGGAAGGGAACUGUUUAUUCUUGUUUUUUUAUUUUUAGAAUGUCUUGAAAAAUUUAAAUCUAGAUGAUUUAGUCGGUGGGGUGGGUGUGACGAAAAUAAUUGGGCAUGUUCAUUCAUCAACUCAUCGUCUCGUGAUACAAAAUUUUUAUAAUGUUAAUUACUUAUCCAUAAAAGGAAGCUGGAGUAAUCCACUGAUCCAGUUUGUUUCUUUGUUGGGUGGGUUUUUCUUUCUUUUUUCUUUUCCCUGUUAUUCUCUUUCAACUACCUCCAGUGAAUGUAUUUUUUUUUUUGCGUAGUAGCGUCCAACCCUGUCAGUCAAGGGGGUUAAACUUUCUGUUAAUAUUAUAGUAUAGAAAGUGAUUCAAGAUUAAAUUCGAAGAUUUCAAGAGGUGACUCUUUAAGUUAUUAAAAUAAUAUUUCCCGGUAUAGGGUGGGCGGUAUCACAUUUUUCUGAAACCGCAUUUCCUCAGAAUUAUAACCCUUACCCCCAAUGUCGAAUUUUUGUCGAGCAUUUCCGUUGCGUUUAUGGAACAAAUUAUUUAAAAAUGAACGUCCGGAGGAUAACCUAUGGAACACUCAUUGUGUGAAGAAAUGAGGAAUUUAAUUGAUGUUUUUGGUGGGACAUUGAUUAUAUGAGCACGGUUGUUCGGCACUCAAAAUAUUCCAUGUCUAUCCAUCGAGAGGCACUUGAUCCCCCCCCCCCCCCCGCUGUAAAUACGUCUGGGUACCGCUGUUCUAGUUUAACCCGUAAACGCAAAAUAAGAAAAACAAUUUUUUUCUCUCAAACUUUAGGGGACAGUGUCUUCGAGGGGAAGUAGCUUUAGAAAAUGAAAUACUUACUGAUAAAAAAGAAAAAAACAUUAUUUCAUUCCGCAAGCAUUGACUUUUCAAGCCACGUCGAUUAAUCUUGAAUCACCCUGUAUUCAAAUACUAACUUGUCAUAAAUGUUGUAGUGAGUGAAGAAAAUUAACCGCAGAGUUACGUUUCAGAGUUACCUCCGUAUGAGAAACUUUCUGUCAUAAGUACUCCGAUACGGAUAAGUAUUCAUUAAGCCUUUAAAAAUUAGUUGAUCUCUAUUCUUUGUACGUUCGUUAACAAUAUUGGCAUCCUCGUCCCCCUUUUUUAACGAUACGGCAUUUUACUACGCCCGUACCUACGUCUAAUUUUAUCACUGCCAUUUUCUUCUACCAUUAAUUCAAUUUAUUAUGUUACCGAACUUUUGUGAUAAACAGCAAUUAAACAAAUUAUUUAGUAAAA